AUCAACGCGGCGUUCAUUUCGGACAAGGCAAUUAAAAUUUUUUUUUUUUAACUUAUUAUUUUGCAAGCAAUAAUUCUACAAUCGUUUGUUCGCGACAAUAAAUCAAUAGAAUAAUACUAUUUUCCUUGUUAUUUUUGCCGUUUCAUUUCAGUCAUGGUCUGAGAGUUCCUUCGUUAAGCGACGCCAUCAGGUACAAUACUGUUAUCGUGAACGUAAACAGUAUUAUUAGCCAACUAGAAUUAUUGUAUUAAUAUUGAAAUGCUCAGAUAUAGAGGAAAGAAAAUCACCUUGAAUAAUAUCGUAAAAGAAUUAGAUACGUUUCCUAAAGUUCAAGAUGAAAUAUACGAGCAAUCUUCUUACGCUAAUUUAAUAUUGACGGUAUUAGUUGCUAUCUUUGGUCUAUGGUUAGUUAUAUCAGAAAUACGAUAUGCUCUUCAAGAUCGAUAUACAUACAAGUUUGUACCAGAUAUAGACUACAAUUCUAAGUUACCUAUAAAUAUAGAUAUAACAGUCAAUUCUCCGUGUGACAGCAUCGGGGCAGACAUUGUCGACACAACUGGACAAAACAUGAUGUUGUUUGGAGAAAUUGAAGCUGACGAUACUUGGUGGACAAUGUCAGAAGAACAGCAAAAAAAUUUCGAUGCAAUGCGUUUAACCAACACGUAUUUGAGGGAGGAAUACCACUCGCUAAAUGAUAUAAUAUGGAAAAAAAAAGAUUACAUUGCGCCGAUAUUCGAUGCACAAAAAAACUUUGAUGAGGAGCGGAGAAGAUCACGAAAUCGCAACAUCGAGCCAGAUGCGUGUCGUUUACAUGGAUCGUUGAUUCUCAAUAAAGUGACUGGGAACUUUCAUAUUACUAGUGGAAAAUCUUUGUUAGUACCAGGCGGCCAUGUGCACCUCACGGGUCCGUUGUUUGGUCCAAUGCCGGGUAAUUUUUCUCAUCGCAUCAAUCAACUAUCGUUUGGUCCUAAAAGCAUCGGCAUAAUAAAUCCACUGGAAGGAGAAAUUCAAAUAACCCAUGACGAAUCAGUUGCCUAUCAUUAUUUCAUCGAUGUGGUAGCCACGGACAUCAAAGGACGGUCGAAAGAUAUAAAAACCUUUCAGUAUUCUGCAAAAGAUUUAAAACGAAUUUAUGGCAAAGAUGAUGAUCGCGGCAUGUCUGGAAUAUUUUUCAAGUAUGACAUAAACGCACUGAAAUUUGUUAUCGUGCAAGACCAAGUUACCUUUUUUCAUUUUAUCAUAGAAAUUGCUGCAUCCUUCGGUGGUGUUUUCCUCUUAUUCAAUUUACUCAAGAUCGUAUUAGAUAACAUCAUUAAAAAAUGGAAAACGAGUGAUGGAUCGGCUCACAGCAAACCAAACAUUAAACAAUAAAUAACUUUGUUUAUAAAAACGAUAUUGUACAUUAAUGAAUUUCACAUUUUUGUUAAUUGAAUUAUUUAAAUUUUCGUUUUAGUCAAUUUUUUUUUUUUUUUGUUAUUAAAUUUGCAACUUUUAUUGAAUAUUUUAUGUUUAAAGACUACCUACCUAUAAUGUUUACUAUUAA